UUUCUCUCCCUUCUUUCUUUCUCCUCCACCUAUUUAUUUUCACUUCCUACUCCUUUAUUUACUGUAUUUGUUCCUUAAUAUUGGCUCCUUACCUACUUAUUUCCUUCUGUACCUUCUAUCUUCCCAUCCUACCCACUUAUAUCCCAUAUUAGCUCCUUGUCUUGCUCCCUACCCCGUUUGUUUCCUUCCCUACCUCCUACUUUCCCUCGUAUACCUCCUUCUCUUCCCUACUACCUGAUUUGCUGCUUUACUUUUCUCUUUCCUGUCCUCUUUUACUUCUUCCUUACUUAUUCUCUCUUUCCUCUUCCACAUUCCUUCCUCCUUUUGCCCUCUUAUUUAUUUUCUCUCUCCUCUUUUACCACCUUGUUUCCUUCCAUGGCCUUCUGUCUUUCUUCCUAUCUCCUUUCUUGCCUCGUUUUCUCAGUCCCUCUCCCCUUCCUACCUCCUUAGCGUCAUCCUUACCUGCCUGUUUCCCUCAUUCUCUCCCUCCUUUAUCUCUUCUGCCGUUCCUUACCUCCUCUUGCUCUCUGCUUCCUUGUCCUAUCUCUGUCCUUCCCCAUUUCAUUCUUCCUUCACUCUUCCUCCACCUCUUCCCUCCUUCCUGUUUCCUCCUCUUACCACUUCUCCUCCUUUCUCUCCUCCCCUUUCUCUUGUGUUUAUGUUCUCAUCUCCUUGAAGUCAAUAUGCAGCAUUCCUCCUCCUCUUAAUCUAACUCACUCCUCAGCCCUCCCUCUCUCUGUCUGUCUCUCUCUUUUACACUCUGUCUUUAUCUCACUUGCUCAGUUGCUACUUUAACUCAGAGCUGCUGGUCCUCUCCUUCAGCUCAGUGCUGAGAUGCAUUUGUGUGUCUGAGCAAACAACGUCUGGAUAGCCAGGGCUGAAAAAUCUGCAAGGACCGAUUGGAGGGAAUUUUAAUUGAGAGAAAGUGACACCCCAAUACAGGGGGACCACACGUGGGCGACCAUGUUGGGUCAGAGUGUGCGGUUACAGCCGGUGCCCAUCCAGAGCCUGUCAGAGCUGGAGCGAGCCAGGUUACAGGAAGUCGCCUUGUACCACCUGGAAGAGAGGGACCUCGAAUUCAAGAUCAGCAUCCCAAGAGAAAUACGCAAACGGAGAAAAUCUCUGCGCAGGAAGUUUGACUCCUUUUCAAAGGAAAAGAAAGAGCGAGAAUCGACCCCCAUGGCGUUCGGCAUCCCCCUCUCCCAGGUCAUCGCCAACGACCGGGCCUACAAGCGGCGGCAGGAUGCCCUGAAGGAGAGCAGGCGAGACUGUCUGGACCUGGAGGCCAGCAUCCUGCGCUUCCGGGCCGAGAAGUGGCAGUUCUUCAACGGGAACAAGCCACUGGUCAGCUCUUCGUCGAUCACAGGAGGAGGUCCCAGCUCGCCGUCUGCAAACUCGGUGGCACCGGCACCAAUUUUUGAGACCCAGAACAAACCGCUGUCGCCUACGUUUCUGGAUAACACCGGCCGAGGACAGAGGAGGGGUGGUCUGUCAGUGGACUCCAUCUCCGACCUUGUAGAGAGUCAGUCUCGCCUGCUGGAGGCGCUGCAGCUCUCUCACCCGGCCGAGCUGGAGCUGAAGAAGUCACCGGGCGGCAGCGGCUCGUCAGACGGGAGGACCCAGACCAAACUCAGCCUCAACCCCAUCUACAGACAGGUGCCCCGGGUGCUGGAGAGGUGCUGCAGCCACAUCGAGACCCACGGUCUUCAGACUGUGGGAAUUUUCCGAGUUGGUAGCUCUAAGAAGAGAGUGAGACAGCUGCGGGAGGACUUCAACGUGGGGGUGGACGUCCAGCUGGACGAGGAGCACAGCGUCCACGACGUGGCAGCGCUGCUCAAAGAGUUUCUCAGAGACAUGCCUGAUCCUCUGCUGCCCAGAGAGCUCUACCCCGCCUUCCUGCACGCCAACUUGCUGAGGGGAGCAGACCAGCUUCAGUACCUGCAGCACCUCCUCUACCUGCUCCCUCCCUGUAACUGUGACACCCUGCUGCGACUCCUCAGCCUGCUCCACACCGUGCAGAGCUUCGCCCAGGACAGCAUAGGAACAAAUGACGAGGAGAUCCCCGGGAACAAAAUGACGGCUGCGAACCUGGCGGUGAUCUUUGGGCCCAACCUGCUGCAGCGGGAAGGAGGCGAUGCGAGUCCUCAUAUCUACGCUAUGGGGAUUGAGGACAGCACGGCGAUCAUCAGCGUGACCCUGGUGCUCAUACAGAACUACAGGAGGCUCUUCACGGUUUCUGCAGAGCUGCAGCAGGAGGUCCUGAUGAGUCUGAUUCAGACAGACCCGGACAUCAUCGACUAUCUGCUGCGUAGGAAACUCAGCGGCAGCCAUCUGACGGUGGAGAGCAGCAGUGAGUCGGGGGGUCGUCGGGAUACAGGGGUGUCUCUGGACUCUGUGGGAGCCUCCAGCGGGAGUUUGUCCCCGCUGGAGCCCCCCUCACCACUUUUCCCACCCGACGGUGGCGGCGGCGAGGGCAGCCUGACCAGCGAGGUCUUCCUCAACGUGCUCAAACUGAACCAGAACAGGAAGCGACAGGAAGCGAGAUACGGUGAGGUCCCUCCAGGUAAAUCCAUCCGCCACAUGCGUCAGUUCCACUCCCACCACAACCUGCUCAGCCUGGCCCAGCCCUCCUCGUCUUCCACCUCCACCUCCACCUCCAGACUCCACGGCCCGGACCCCGACACCCAGGACCGCAGGGGCCCGCUGGGCUCUGCGCUGAGCUUCAGCCUGGGCGGCGUGGGCGGCAGCUGCUCCAGUCUGAGCGGGUCCACAGAGAGCAGCAUCUGGGUGAGACAGACGCCGCAGGAGGAGAGCAAACCGUCACCUGCCGCUAAUUUCUGGGACUUCUUCACCGGGAAAGGGUCGAGCUCAGAGACAAUGGUAUGAUGAAGGGCGAGAAGAAGAGGAAUAUGAAGGGAAAGUGUGUGUGUGUGUGUGUGUGUGUGCAUUCCCCAGAAUCCCCAGAAAAUUGGUCAAAAUUCCUGUUACAUUUACAGACAACUGUUGAUUUAAAAGCAUGUUAAGAUCCAGUAAUAUUAAAAAUCCAAAGUUCCCACUUUUCUGGCACCUCUGGAACGCAGCAUGUGUAUGAAUGUGUAGUUGGGACACAGAAAGCAUGAAACAAAUGGAGAAGAAAAAGUCAGAUAAAUACACGAAAAACGUUGUUGUUGUUUUUUUUUUUAAGAGACAUGUCGGAAAUUGUUGAAGUAAACUUUUUAGCACGACUUGCUCGGACAGAGACACGGAUAUCAGUAAAUGAAAGAAAAGAGACUAAAUAAAUCUGUCUAUGAGAUUAUCUGGAAGUGGAUGCAGUAAUAGUUGCGAUGUACAUAAUGUAUUCAUGAUUUUACACAAACAACCCCUGUCUUUACUACCUAGAACUGCAUAACUAACUCUAGCUGCAUGGACUCUACUAACACUUCAUCUAUAGUGAUACCAUACCAGACUCCCUUUGGUUUUUGUUGUUUUCCUGUAAUAAGCUACAUUCACUGUAAAUCUUAUCUACAAUCCAACGUUCAGCGUGAAUGAUUGUUAGAAUUCAAAACACCUGAAGACAUUUUGGCAAUGCAAAGAUCAGAGCCAGAAAUUAAACUCCGUAAGUAUUGAUUUGGUGAUUUGCAGUUCAAAAGUCAUCUAUCUUAAAUCUGGGCUAAAAAACGUCUGUGUAGGUUACAUAUAAUUAUUGUUUAAACAAUAUUUAAAUGACUUUCACCAUGUGGUCACGACCUGCUUCACAAUGAAAUACAGGAAUUGUAAUGCUGUUUAAACCAGAACUGUAGUUCUCAAGUUCUUUAUGCAGCUAAUGCUUAUUUUACAUAGUGUGUCUUUGCCUUCAACAGAACAUCCUCAUUUUUGACAUGUAGUUUUAAUCACCAGUGUAUGGAAAGAUAUUUUACUUGUUACAGUACUGUAACAUUUUUACAACAAUAUUUUGUGUUGUGACUGAAUUACAGUUUUAGCAAAUAAUGCAAAAUUUAAGCAAAUUUACGUUACAAUCACAUUUCAGUCUUUUUUUUAAACUCAAAGGACUAUAUUGGGUGACUUAUAUUAGAGCUGACUCUCACUAUGAACACUAUUUUUUUUUUUUUUGUUCUCAAGCAUUUAGACUUGGACUUAAGUGAACUUGACACCUUGUCUGAAACUAUGGUUCUAUAUAACUAUAUAAAAAAAACCUAAAUUAGCCAGGCUUUAAUCUAGACGUCUUUUGAGCUGCAAAUCACCAAAUGAAUGCUCACUGUGAAGUACAUAUGUGUGAAACGAUAGCUGUGCUCCAGUUCGGGGGCUGGAUCCCAUGAAGGACGCGGCCCAUGAAGGCUUUCUUAGACCACCGGAGGGUCAGGCUGGACCUGCUUCUCCUCCCAAAAUUAGUUGAGACUAAACAAUGACAGUGUGUCAACAGUGUGGAAGGAACUCUGUCAAGUUCCACGAAGCCUGAGUUUACAGUGUGAGAUGUGAAGUUUAAUUUUAACACAUUCAUGUGAAAAUAUAUUCAUAUAACAUCUAUUUAUCUGUAUCCCCCUGUCAUUAACUGCUAGCUUGAGAGUGGAGUUUAUACCUGGCUUGCAUUUUUUUUACCCUCUGCAGUGGUCAUGUGAUAUUUCCAGACUUUACGAACUGACGAGGAUCAAAUAAACGCUGCGGCCUGCAAAGAUUACAUUAGCUGUGUUCUCCAAAUUCAGGCCCAUGAAAAAGCUGCGUUUCUCAGAGCCUCUGAAAUAGGACAGACCGAGUCUGGAUGCGGCAGUUAUGACUGUAACAUGAGCUCUCUCUUUGAUACACCUGGAAAUAUGUAAUCAGUCACAAAUACACAGAUGUUCAGCAGCUGAACUGUGGGAUGCUGCAGGUAUGUAACUUGUAAACCUUGCACAGUUUCCUACUUUUCUCUACCAAAUAUGACUUCCUCUGGCUGUGAUUUUCACGUCAAAAGAGUAAAUAUGGGCCAAAGUUGGUUGAUAAGUUUGUCUGUUUUUUACGUGUAGAAGGAAAUUGACUCUUCACCACAAGCUGCAUACGCCUUUGAGUUGUGAGCAGUUUCACCGAAAAGGGAUUUUCCCUUCUAACCUCAGAUUUGUUUUUCAUUUCUCAGAGGUCGGAUGCUGCAUUCACAUCAUAUGGGAGUCACCAUAAUUACCAGUUUCCGUCUUGUAAAUAGCAUCCAUGUCAAUGUCUAAAUCGUAUUUACAACUGGGAUAUUCCAGUUUUUCUGAAAGCGCCCAUAUAUCUGACUUCACACAAACAAACAUGGAUGCCUCACGACAGCCAAAGACCUUUUUCCAUUUCUACCACGAAUCCCAUGUUACAUGAACGCAACAUUAAACCAUUCAGUAUUUCACAAGAAAAAGGUAACAAUUGGACAAAAGUCAAGAAAACAAACGAACCGGUAAUUUUCUGGAGCAUAAUUAGUUUAUUCUAUAAAGAAGAGUUUAAAAAAAAGUUUUUUUUUAAGUGCUCAGAAAAAUGGAAAUUUUUACAAUUGCACACUAAAAACUGUGAAAUUCCAUCUGCUGAGGAAGACAGUGUGAUAUGAUAUAUUGAAUAUGGGCGUGUUCAAAUGAUCCUCUCCAGAAUGGCUACUAAAUUGGACCUUAUGGCUACUGUUACCAAGGUCAAGAAUAAACUCAAAGUUUUUUUCCUUUUUUCCUAUCAAGCUAAUCAUCUUGCAACCGCUGGCCUAGGUUACAUAUAACCAUUGUUUCAAACGCAUUUAAAUGUCUAUAUUUCAAUGUGAAGCAGUGCUUGAAAUGCUGUGAAAUCAAUGGUUAUGUCUUUCACUUCUCAACCAAGUUUUGCCCCGGACGUCUCGACAUCUUUUGACAUGAAUUAGACCCUUUUGCAAGAAAUGUGGAGGCGUAAGUGUGUGUUUUAAAAGGUGUUACUUGUCGAAUUGCACGAGGCCAACUUCAAGCUCUGGCACACAAGUAUGAAAGAUAAUAUUACAGGUUACCUUCCUUUAACCACAGGAGGGCGACAUUCACCACAUCAGCUCAACCUUUAACCCUCUAAUUGCUUUUCACCAUUUACAGACUCAUAUGAUGCUAUAGAUAAAAGUGUAUUAGGUUUGGGGAAUAGUGCCAAACAGCUAGAAACUGUACAAAUGUUUGUUUCUGGCCUCUUUGUAGUAGAAAUGUUUCCAUUGUUGUACAGAGAUUUUCCUCCAUCCUAACGUUUUAUUUCUUCACCACAAACACAGAAGUUGCACAGAGUCCGUCCUUCACCUCAGCAGGUGAAUGUAUCUGUAAAAUCCAUCGAGGUGUGUUAAGACCUAAACCAGAGAAUGUACCGCCUACCUGCAGAGAAUUAAAUGUCAAACUGCC